AUGCCCUCUGCCACCAUAGCGACUCCCAUCACCAUCUCGAGUCCUCUAGACAUGACUGCCAUGAACCCAACAAUAACAGAGCACGAUUUCCGCUUCCCGCGAAGGCCAGACGCAUGGCUCGCCGGGAACGGGAACCCCAACGGCCACACGCAUUCCGUUCAGCGCACCCACGCGGGCGCACCCAGCGCCCGCGAUAUCUUCAAUGACUUCAAUGCCGACACCUCCAAAACAUACUCGGCCGCCAACGACAGCCUUCUCGGCUCCCCUCUGUUCCCUUCGCUCGAGGACGAUAGCGCCCAUGCCGACCAGAGCAUCGACAAGAUGCAGCAGGACGAUCCUCUAGCCACCCAGGUCUGGAAAUUCUUCACCAAAACCAAGUUGCAGCUGCCGAACCAGCAUCGCAUGGAGAAUCUGACUUGGCGCAUGAUGGCCCUCAACAUGCGCAAGCAGAAGCAGCAGAAGCAGCUCGAGGAGGAGGAAGAACGAAAGAAGAGAAACAACGAAGCCAACAAUAGGCUCGGCCGCUCCAUGAUGCACAACGCCCCCAGCGGCAUCGCCCAGUUGCGAAAGUCGUCGGAGAACAACAUGUCCCAGUCGGACGCCAUGAAUCUCGACGACUUCAUCUUUUCCGACAGCGCUGCGACGCCCAUCAACUUCCCUUCACCGCAGGCGCCCGAGAGGCCCGACGACAAGUCGGCUCAUUCCAUGGCCAUUCCUAUCAAAUCCCGCAAGGAGUUGUCGCACCACUUCGUCCCUCAGUCCGUCCCCGUUCCAGCGCAUCACCAUCAUGCUCAGGGUAAUGAGUUUGACUAUGUCAAUCGCCAUCUUCGCAAGACGAGCAUUGACGACCGCCGGACUCGAAAGCGCCCAGCUAACUUUUCCCCUCAUGUUCCUGCCGUCAAUAGCAGCACAGCGGCUCAGAACGACAUUGAACUUGACUCUGAACUCCAUGACUACUCCUUGGACAACUCCCAUCCCACCAACAUGGCACAGCCGCCUACCCAGAUGGGCGGUGUUCCCUUUGCCCUCGACACCUUCAUGGAGAAUGACCCCAUCGUCAACUCUGCAGGUCCUUUCCACCAGAACUUCUCUUUCUCUCCAUCUACCUCUCCCAUGAUACCCAACGGCCCCUUCUCCAACAUGUACCAUAACUCAUCCGUCCAAUCCUCAUCCCUCAACAACGUCGAUCUGUACUCACCCCCAGGAUCCGCCUAUCCGUCAACCGCCACCACCCCCCACCCUCUACCGGAGCAGGAGGGAUUCUACUUUGGAUCGCAGGAUGCGCGAUCGCAACGGCCCCAGGGCUUCCAGCCUGGGCCUCAGAGCAUGGGCAACAUGAUGGGCCAGCAGUUCAUGUACAAUGGUGCGAACGGCAGCAACACCAACGGUAACCCCAUGUUCUCCGCCCCAGGGACGGGCUCCGAAACCAUCUCAGCCUACAGCAAUGCGCCCGGCUCAUUUGCACAUAUCGACCCAUCUCAAGUAUUCCAGCACGACCAGCAAGUCACCUCUCCCGACAUGCAAAUGCAGCAGGACAACAUGUUUUCCUUCGGUGGCGACUCCGAUGACGAGGAAAAUAACGCUUUUGCUGAUCGGAACAUGGCCAUGCACAAGGAUCUCUCGUCGUCCCUCGAUGAGUCCGGAGCUCUGGGCUGGGAUGCGUCACUACCAGGGCAGUUCAGUACACAAGCCGCUCGCUUCCCAGGCGGACCGACCAGAAAGCAAGUCAUGAUUGGAGGAACCACCACUGACUACGUCGAUGCCAAUGGAGAGUGGGAUUCAAAUGGACUGGCGAGGUCGCAGUCUCAAUCAUUCCGGCCUGGCAACCAGAGGAGAGGAUCUAAGCUUACGAGAAACGCCUCCACUCCGUCCCACCUCACAGGUAAGCAGAAUGGAUUUGAGCAACUUGCUCAAUCCAUGCCAAUGUCACCGGUGGGUGAUGGAAACGGAACCAUGUCUGGAUUCUCCUCCGUGGCACCCAGUCGACCGUCGUCUCCCCCAGGCUCCAAACAUGGCUCCACAACCAACCUGCAAGCAGCCGCGGGGAAUGCCACUGACGGGAACACUCCUACCACGUGUACGAACUGUUUCACUCAGACGACUCCUCUUUGGAGACGGAACCCUGAGGGUCAGCCGUUGUGCAACGCAUGUGGCUUGUUCUUGAAGUUGCACGGCGUCGUUCGACCGUUGAGUUUGAAGACAGACGUCAUCAAGAAGAGAAACCGGGGCUCUGGAUCCAACUUGCCUGUGGGAGGAACAAGCACCAGGUCCAAGAAGAACGCGAGCGCCGCUGCCUCACGCAAAAACUCUUCGCUUUCGAUGUCGACAACUGCCAAUACCAGUAAAACCAACAGCAUUAGCCAGCCCCCCAAGGUCACAACUCCGCCUGCCUCCAACCGGGCUUCAAGCAUUAAGGACGUCGAUAGUCCUUCCAGUGGCCCUACAUCAGGAGGCAAUACCGCCGGAAGCACUCCAAACAGCCAUUUUGGAGGCUCUGGCUCCUCUGCCGGUGCAGUGGGAGGUAAGGGUGUGGUGCCGAUUGCUGCCGCUCCCCCAAAGACGAGCCCCGGGCCGGGAGCAUCUUCUAGUUCAAGGCCAGCCACCGUGUCCUCAAAACGACAGCGUCGGCAUAGCAAGAGCAUCACUGCCGAUGCCCCGAUCAGCAUGGACAUUGACAGUCCUGAAUCUACGGGAUCUAACGAAGCGGCCCGGCCAAUGGGUUCCUCCGCUGGCCUCUCUGGAUUGCCCGGUGGCAUGUCGUCGAGCGGUUUUGGCAUGAACCAGCGUACUCCUAUGGGAACAGGCAUGAUCAGCAUGUCUGGCAGCCAGACCAACAUGUUGAACGGAGUGGGCGGCUCAGCUGGGCCCCAAGAAUGGGAAUGGCUGACGAUGAGUCUGUGA